CGCGGCGAAGAUAAAGUUUUGAGGAAAGGUCACAGUGCUCGCUCGGCCACCGCCACGGCUCUGCUCCGCCUGCCUGCUUCACCUACUUCUUCUGCCCUUCCUUCCUCUUUGUGAAGAAUACGCAACUUAUUCAAUAAUCAUGUUUCGAGCUUCUGCCGCGCCGUCUGCGAUAGAGGACGCUGUUAACAAGGCCACCGAUGAGAACCUCACGAGCGAGAACUGGGAGUACAUCCUGGCUGUCUGCGACAAGGUCAACGAUCAUCCUGAUAACGGUCCCCAGGAAGCCGUCGCUGCCUUGCAGAAACGACUUACCCACCGAUCCGCCAAUGUCCAGCUCUACUCCCUCACCCUCACCGACUCCCUAGCCCAAAACUGCGGCACCAAAAUGCACCGCGAACUCGCCUCCCGCGCCUUCACGCAGACCCUCGUCCGCAUAUCCUCCGACCACACCGUGCACCACACCGUCAAGGCGCGACUGCUCGAGGUCAUGGAGGAGCUCGUCAAGUUGUUCAGCGGGGACCAUUCGCUCGGGAUCAUGGCCGACGCGCUGAAUCAGGUCAAGUCGUUGAACCCGCGAUUGCAUGCACCAGAUAAGCCGGAGCGACCGGCGCCGAGACGACAAGAAACCACCGAGGACGAAGAGUUAAAGAUGGUGCUCGCGCUCUCGCUCGAAGAAAGCAAACGACAAGAGGAAGAACGGCGGAAAGCCGAAGAAGACCAAGCCAGACCGACCGCCUCCUCCUCAACCGCGGCCCCGAGCUCUGCCGCGAACGGCGUCGACGCCGCGCCCGCUGCGCCCGAUCCGACUGCUACCAUCUCCCGCGUUCGCGCGCUGUACGAUCUUGCCGCGACCGAACCGGGUGAGCUCUCGUUCAAGAAAGGCGACGUGAUCUUUGUCCUGGAAGCCGUCUACCACGACUGGUGGAAGGGUUCGCUGCGGGGCGAGGUCGGGAUUUUCCCGCUCAACUACGUGACUCCGAUCCCGGACCCGACCGCGCGCGAGAUCCAGCAGGAGGCCGAGGAGGAAGCGCAGGUGUUUGCCGAGGCGCGGAAUGUCGAGCGGUUGCUUGCGUUGCUGUCGAAUCCGCAGAGCUCAGAGUCUGCGGACUCGGAGGAGCUGCAGAACUUGUAUCGCCAGUCGAUUAGUAUACGGCCGAAGCUGAUCAAGCUGAUUGACCGGUACGCGCAGCAGAAAGACGAGCUGAUCGAGCUCAACGAGCGGUUCUCGACCGCAUUGCACAAGUACGAUAUGAUGAUGGAGUCCUACGUCGAGCAGUACCGAUCACCGGCCGGAAUCAACCGGGUUCCCUCGAUGCCGCUUUCGCGACCACUCCAGCAGCCGCAGCCGACCGUUGCAGCAGGCACAAUGCCGGGCAUGGCGCCCUACGCAAACAGCCAUAUGCCAUCCUACGCCCCAACCAGCAGCACCCCGUCCGUUCCGCCUUCGUCCAAUCCUUCGUACCCGUCCGUCCUGCCGCCGUCGGUUCCGCCUAGCACGAACGGGGCGUCGUCGUACCCGCUUGUGCCGCAAUCGACCGGAGGAAGCGCGUAUCCGUCCGUGCCGCAGAGCUCGCCGUACCCCGCGGCGCCGUAUACGCAGACCACGGGUUUUGCGCCUGCGCCGACGUCGACUAAUUACACAUCUGCGACGUCCUCCAACGCGCCGUUUUUCUACAACUAGUCUGAUCUUAUAAUCUCAUAUCGAAUUUGUACUGCUUAGUUAUCGUCUUCUAGUUAUCGUCACCGUGGGUUUGGUUUAUCAAUCUUGUUGUGUUUUACAUUUGUUUGUUUUUUGUGGGAAGUUUAUGCAGUGAAAGGUUAGUUUGUGUAGUAUACCGCUAGAUCUAUUUAUUUUAUUCUAUCUUUCUCAAUUGAUGUAGAUUAUAAAUUUCUCUAGUAUCUUGCUUGAAUUAGUUGUCCAUCAUUGCUUGGAGGUAGCUAGAUUGAGAAGAGAUAUGUUGGUUAGUUGUAGACGAAAGAAGGUAGCGAAGUGAGUGGUGUUUGCGUACAUUUCGUAUAUGCGCAUGAAUUUGGCGGCGAAGGCUUCGAGGUGGAAGAUCACUUUACUUCCCAUAUGUAUACGAUGUUCCUACCAUCAUUAGCACACGGCAACAGCACACAAAGAAAAAUAGAACAGCAGCAACAUACAUAAAACGCCGCCCAAUAAACA